UCACGAUGUGCCUGCAGUUUGUGUUUUGCAGCUCUUUGUUGGGUCGAAGCCGGACUGCGCGCUGCCGCGGAGCUCACAGGUUGCAUUUCAGGACGCGCGGCGGUCGCUCCGCUGCGCCCCCCUCAGGCCUGCUGCUGCACCGCCAGGACAAGCCGUGUGAUCCCGGUGAGCGACUGCCGCUGAAGAGACAACACCGCUGUCUGCACUCAGCCUGACCUGCGACUGGCAAUGGACUACAUGAACAACGCCUCCAACAGCUACAGCUCUGGAGACACCAUGAGCUCCUCCUUAGCCAACAUGACCAUCAACGACCAGCACCACCAGGAGAACGGAGUCCAGAUGGGACACAGAGGCCCCGGAGACGCCAAAAUGAAAGAGAAAGAGGCAGAAGUGGGUGAAAACGGGCUGAAAUCUGAGUCUGAGCUCCCUCAGCCAGAGAGCAGCCGCCAUGACGUCGAGGUGCCGCCUGCCGAGACGUCUGCAGAGAAAGCCGAGCUCUCACAGAUAGGGGGCACCUCGUGUGAAGACGAGGGGCAGCUUGCAGCAGGAGGAGCAGCUUCAACAGCUCAAGCAAAGAUGGAUAACGGCUCUGCAGAUAAGACUCACACUGCCACCAAACCAACCUCUUCCCAUAAAAGACCAUCCAUAGACACCAAGGGCAUCAAAACGCUCGCGUCCUCGCGAAACGGCCACAGCUCCAUCCCCAUUAAAGUCAGCAGCGCAGGGCCCAGGCAGCCCGGAGUACAGAGUGCAAAGUCUCAAACCCCUGGAGCCAAAGCUUCUGCCAGAACUUCAGCUCAACCAGCUAGUGCCAAGAAACCUCCCACUCCAAAAAAUGAAAAAGAUGCCCAGAGUGGACAGAGCAGCCCCGGUACUCCAAAAUCUCCCUCUAGCCAAGCACUUAGCGCAAAGGCAGCGGCUGAAGCCAACAAACUGAAGAAGGUGGCGGUGGUGCGUUCUACGCCCAAGUCCCCGGGCUCGCUGAAGACCCGCUCGCCGGCUCCUCUGGCUGCAGCGGCGCCCAUGCCGGACCUGAAGAACAUCAAGUCCAAGAUCGGUUCCACAGACAACAUUAAACAUCAGCCCGGAGGUGGAAAGGUACAAAUCCUUGAUCAGAAGGUGGACUAUAGUAAUGCCCAGUCUAAGUGUGGCUCCAAAGGCAAUAUGAAACAUGUACCCGGUGGCGGCAAUGUCCAAAUCCUGGACAAGAAGCUGGACCUGACCAACGUCCAGUCUCGUUGUGGUUCUAAAGACAACUUAAAGCACACGCCUGGUGGAGGCAAGGUGCAAAUUCUUGAUAAGAAGUUGGACUUAAGCAAUGUGCAGUCCCGCUGCGGCUCCAAAGAUAAUAUAAAACAUGUUCCCGGUGGUGGAAAUGUUCAGAUUGUGCACAAAAAGAUCGAUCUGAGCAACGUGACAUCUAAAUGUGGCUCGAAGGUCAACAUCCAUCAUAAACCAGGUGGCGGAAAUGUGGAGAUCAAAAACGAGAAGCUGGAGUUCAAAGUCCAGUCCAAGGUCGGCUCUCUGGGCAACAUCGGCCACGUUCCUGGAGGUGGACAGAGAAAGAUUGAGACCCACAAACUGAACUUCCGUGAGACGGCCAAAGCCCGCACUGACCACGGCGCCGAGAUCGUGUCCCUGGAAGACUCCCCCCACCAGCUCAGCACCGUGUCCUCCUCCGGCAGCAUCAACAUGGCCGACUCCCCGCAGCUCUCCACGCUGGCCGACCAGGUGUCCGCCUCCCUGGCCAAACAAGGCUUGUGA